AUGCAGAGCCAGUACCUCUCCGAUGCGAUGCAACGGUUGAAGAACCCCGAGCUUUGGGAAAGCGCCGCUGCAUCUCAGAUUCGCCAGCUUUCCUCCAACGCAGACCCGGAAGUGCGAGUGAAACUCGAUGAGCUGAGUCACAAGUACCAAGAGGUCGCAGUUCAGAAGCUACGAAGCCUCCGAGGAAACAUCAUGGCGAUGGCGCACAUCUUGGUAGAAUUGCUCGCAGCUCGGGACUACGAUCAGAAGAUGCGCCAGGAGUGCCAAGAUGAGCUGAAGGAUGCCAUCGAAAAGAUCCAGAACAUCUUCGUAACGCAGCAAGAGGACUACAAGGCUCAUUCGGAGAUUCAUUUCCAGCGUGUGGUAAGUCUCUUCCAAGACUCUCAGAAAGACUCCUGGAAGUCAGCUCUUGGUGCAAUGUCUGCUGUGGUGGGCGCCAUGGUGCCGGCCUAUAUCCUUCGGCUUGUCUGGUUGACACUGUUCCGACCGAAGCGCAUGGACAAAACCGACAUCUUGCGGCAGUGGUACAAGCACGUCUACCGCGAUCUGAACGGAAACAUGCACUACAAACUCAUGAGGAAGAAGGAGGGUGGGCUGCGGCUCAAAGCAGGAUGGCUGUUGAGUCUACUCGUUGGUGGUUCUUCAGCAGCGAUCCUCCUAUGCGGAAGGGCUGUUCUGUCGGCUUACUGGCAUGCUCAAAGCAGCAGGCAGAAGAAUGUGAUGGCCAAGGCAGAGUCCCUUGUGAAAGUCGAGAUGCAGCAACUCCAGUCCAUGUGGCAGGGUACCCAAAUGGCUGUGGAUGCUGUCAGAGACACCGCAGAUCGCCUGGAAAGCUCGGCCGAGAGCCGACGCACUGAACAUCGACAGAGAUUGACGAGGCAGAUGCUGCAAGAGCUGUGGACAAUGAGUAUGGCAGUGGAUGAGAUGAUUGUUUGGAUGAGUCAGCGGGAAUGCUUUCCACACAACUACUCAGUGCGCAACAUGGUGACACCAGCUCGGUAUGACAAGAUCCUUGGCGCGUUCAAGCAGGUCACCGACAACGUGAAGCAGUCUGCGGUAGGUUCCUUUGCCACAGCAGCUGUGGACAGCGCUUGGCACAGCUUGCUGGCCCAGCUUGAUGCCGUUCCACAGACGGUGGAGAAGAUGAAGCGAUCUGAAGCGGAGAGGAUGCAGAAGAUGAAAGGCUUGAUGGCAUCGCAGUUCAACUCAACAGGAAAUCGCUCCCUUCUGCAUCUCUGCGUCAACAACUGGCGCUUGGUUUGGGAGGCAGCCAUUGCGGAGCGGCAGCAGAACCAGGCGGUGGAGCAGCUCACGGGAAAGAUGAGGCAGAUGGACAAGCAGAGGAAUGAGAUGAUCAAUCGCACGAAGGACAAGAUCUUCCUGGCCUUCGCAGGGCGUCAGCGUGCAGAGCUGCUGUCUGUGGUCUUCACAGCGUGGAAGGCCGAUGCGAAGGAAGAGCAUCUUCUUCGUCGAAAGGAGGAGCUCGCGAGCAGCUAUGAGAAGGACCUCAGAGUCAUGCAUAAGAAGCAGAAGGACAUGGAGGCGCUGGCCAGAGAGAAGAUGGUGAAGGGGACGCUCAGCCAAAUGACCGGGGCCACUCUGUCCGUUUGCCUCCUCCAGUGGCGAAGCUACACGAAGGACAGCAAGCGGGAACGGAGCGAAGCUGAAAUGAGGGAUCAGUUGCAGGAGGAGAUUCGGCGUCAGAAGCGGGAAGCAGAGAAGCUGAAUGAUGCCAAAUCCCGGCAGAUCGCCCUGAACAUGGUCAGCUUCGAGCGCAACAGCACCUUGUCCGUCUGCGUCGUUGCAUGGCGCCAGGCCACGCAGGCUUCGAAGCGCGAAGCCGAUGAGGCUCUGGGUCGCCAGAAGGCGCAGCAGGAGUACACCCAACUGAAGCUGGAGAAAGACAAGGCCAUGAAUGUGACGCGAGAUCGGAUGGCCGUCCGGCUUCUGGGUCACCAGCAAACUCAUCUCCUCUCCGCGGUCUUCACGCUUUGGAGAGGUGCUGCCCAGGAGGAGAAGAUGUCACGGCAGCAAGCUGACAAAGAUCGAGCCAACAAGAUCGAGUUGGCGAGGUUAGAUGGCCUACGAAGAGAAGCCGCAAAGAUGAAAGCUCACAGUAUCGCUGCAAGGUUCUUCCAGAAGCACCACGAGUCUCUCCUGGCGGAGAUGUUCAUGCAGUUCCGCAAGUCUGUCGAGAUCCAGAUCGAAGAACGGAAGGUCGAGGAGGCGAAGAGGCAGCACGAGGAAGACCGGCGCAAGAUGGAGCAGCGGCACAAUGACCGGCGGGCGAAGUUCAUUGCGCAGUCGGUGCAAGGGAAAGAGCGGAUGAUGCUGCUGUCCAUUGUGAAGCAGAGCUCUCAGAUACGGAAGAUGUGCUGGCAGUGUAGGGCUGCAGGCAUGACGGAUGUGCGAUGCGAGAGAACGGCCGCCUCGGCAGCCGCCGCGGCCUCCGGCAGCUCGCUGUUGUACCUGGCAGUUUCUGGCGACUUUGCGGGUCGCCUGAUUGGCAAAAAGGGUCAAAACGUCCAGGAGUUGCAAGCCCGCACUGGUGCUCGACUCCAGCUGUCGGACUUAGGCAGCGACGAAACGCUCGUGGAAGUAAGCGGACCUUGCCAAUGCGUUGAUGAUGCCUGUUUCUUGUUUUUGGAUGACCUCGCCCGCAUCCAGAAGCUCCGGGUCGCAGGCACAAAAAUUGGCCUUGCGUCUGCCAAUGUACAGCUUGCGGUGCUGAUUCUCGAGGAUUUGUCCGACUGGGUCACUUCCGAUCUGCGGAAGCAAGUGGAAACAGCUUCCGAUGAGACGACCUUGGCUUCGGAGGAGAAAGGGGGCCAGGAGGCGGAGGCGGAGGCCGGCGAGUCACUGCAAGCUCCAACGCGCACGGUCGACAUGGAGCUCUUGGGCUAUGCUGAGGUGAGCGGACGGCGCUUUCGCAAGCUCUUGCUUUCGGGCCAUCCACGUCGAGUGGGCUCUGUCGUGCACACUGUGAGAUGCCGAAUUCGGCGCUACUCCCGCUGGGCAGACGUGAAGGUGCGAGAGCCACCAGCUGUACCGCUCAUGCUCUUGGAGUCCGAUCCACCGGAUGACUUCGUGUCAACCGAGAACUUUCUCCUUGGCUUGCCGAAGGGAUGCGAGUCCACACUCUCCGAGACCUAUAAGGAUCUGCUCUUGCAGAUCCAGGAGGACUCGGGGGCCAGCGCUCGAGUGCGGGCUGACGGACCGGGCCCAGGUUGCUUGGAGAUUGCUGGCUGCUGCUUUUCCAAGCUGACGGCGGCGGUCGAAGUUUCGGCGCUUCUGGUCCAACUCUCAUGCGAAGACUCCGGCGAUGGUUCUCUGCAUGUUUGGCUUCGAACUGACGGGCCUUGUGCCCUCACUACCGACGCGAUCUCUGCUGCUUCCUCUUCCAGAGGCGUGCGUGCGGUCGUAGGACAGAAGACACUUAAAUCUGGUGCAAACUUCUCUCGGAGUGUCCAGCUCCAUGGACAGCUUGCUCCUCUUUGCGCAGUGGCUCGGGCGCUUGCUCUUGAAAGCGAGCGGAAGGCUUGGGCAUACGUGCGUAAACACGGGCAGCCCAGUUUGCUCGUGGACUACCUCUCCAGGUGGUUUGGGCGGGAGGCCGGUCGCAUGCUCCGAGAGCGAUCCCAACAUGCAAAUGCUUCCCGCAAAGUUCAGGCAGCUGAGCCUGGUGAAGAUGAGGCGACUGGACUUAAGAGGCAGAAAUCCACUGCAAAAGGGUCGUCUGCAGUUCUUCCAGUCAUGGGUCCACACCUGCCGGAUCUCGACGCCAGCGACGCGAUGCAGGAAGAACCGCAGAAGAACGACGACGAUGACGAUGAAGAGGAGGAAUUGGUUGUGCUGCCUUCUGCUUCUCUUCUUCCGCUGAAUCUGGCAGAAGACACCUCAGAGCUCUGGGAGGAGACGUUCCCGGUCCUCCCUGAGCCUCCCACACCCCCGCAGCCUCUGCUUCCCGAGAUCAAGGAGGCCUCUUCCUGGCAAGCUCCGCCAGCUCCGGCGCCCGAACCGCAGACUCCCGACACGGACUCUGACAGCGACUACCGACCUGGUCCUAGUGAGGACCCGCUCUGGCACAGGCGACAGGAGCUCCUCAAGAAGCUCAACCAGCUGGGCUAG